AUGAGGGUCAGAAUCGGCAAAGUAAGGGGCUUAUUAACAAAGCUACUUUAUGUGGGAUGUUUAUGGGUCCUCUUUACUAGCUGCAAGAACAAUAAAAUGAUAAGCCAAUUUGUAUCUUCAUUUAAACUAAGAAAUUUGCUACCGAGCUCAACUUUUUUUUCUGAAUUCAAUGAUUAUCUAAUUAGUACACCGGGAUGUCACAUACCGAAUCAUGCGAUGAUGUUCACCAAAGCAAUUAAUUACAACCAUAAGUGUCCGGUUCGAGCGAUAUUUAUAAAGUCUUUGGCUAAUAAUAAGAUACUGUUUCAAAUUAAUAAAAAGCAAAUGCUGAAAUACGUGAAGAAAUCGAUGUAUUCUAGGAUUAAUUGCUGUUAUAAAUUCGUCACUGAAUCAAAGGACGGAAAGCUCACAUAUAGUAAAUGUUCAGGCUUUAAGAACGGAGGAAAAGUAAAAUUGCUUCAAGAAACUAUCCGGGUAACAUGUACAGUUAAGAAUAAGAAAGAUACGAACAUAAUCUACGAUGAUAUUUAUAAAGUAAUAAUAAAACGUAAUGAUAAGAAACGAGCAACUAAAUUGAAACCCUGGAAUGUCCUUGUAUUGGGAAUGAGCCAUAUGUCACGAAUGCGAUUUUAUAACGACAUGCCUAAAACCGGCAAUUUCUUUAAAGACAACGACUGGUUAGACUUCAGAGGAUUCAACAAAAUAACACGAGAGGCUCUAUCAAAUGUACUAGUUCUUCUAGCAGGCAAAACAUUAACUGCAACAAAAGCGCAAUCUCUAGGUGGUCCGGUAGAAAAGUUCAUAUGGAAUGCAUAUCAGAAUGCGGGUUAUGUUACAGCUUUCGGUGAGGAUGAUAGAUUGCAACUGUUAGACAAUUUAGCUAGACAGUUAAAUAUAAAACCGACAGAUCAUAAAUUACAGCCCAUCUAUCGCAUCGAUCACAGACGCAUAGGCAACUAUAUGUGUACAAUGAAAUUACCAUCCGGUAUUCACUUACUUGAUUACGCUCAUCAAUUUGUCGAUUUAUACAAAAACAAAAACUUUUUUGGAUUUUUUUGGCUAAGCUCUUAUACCCAACAUUAUGAUGGCAUGCCUUCGCUAAUCGAUUCGGAGAUAGCACAGUUAUUUGGAAACAUAAAAAAUAAUGGCGUGCUCAACAAUACUUUUGUAAUAUUUUUAAGUGAGACCGGUAUGAAGUCAGCCAAUUCGAAGUCAUCAAUAGCAUCGUAUUACGAAGAGCGGCUGCCAAUGUUAUUUAUGUGGGUGCCAUUAGAGUUUAGAAAAAAAUACAUAAAUGAAUAUAACAACAUAAAAUCCAAUCAGAUUGUUUUAGUAACCCCUUAUGAUAUCAAUCAUACCUUAAAAUAUAUUUUGGAAUUCAGGGUAAAAUUAACCAAUAAUAGUAUAUACAAUACAUGUCCCAAGUGUAAUGGUCUCUUUAAAAAUAUAUCUUUAACGAGAACAUGCACAGGCGCAGGUAUCGACGAAAAUGUUUGCACUUGCCGAGAUUACUCUACUCCUCCCUACAACAAUUUCAAUGUGCAAACUAGUUUGGAGUUAGCAGUCUCUUAUAUUAAAGACAGGGCUAGAUCUGUACAAACAAUAACGUGCAUGAUUUGCGAAGAAAUGGAACUAAACAGCGUAAUCAGCGUGCAUUCCUAUUUUUAUUCCAACCAAACAUAUUACAUAUUGGCAAUUCAAAUGCAACCGAGGAACAUGACGUACGGAGUAACCGUCGUUGUACAAAAAUAUAAUUUUUCUCUUGUUCACCCGAUAAACAGUUUAACUCCACCUGUAACUGGAAGGUGCGCCAUUAGAACGGAGGACACUAUGUAUUGUGCUUGUAAUGUGACUUUUUGUAAUAUUCAAUCAUCGGACUCACUCCCACCACAAUAAUUAAAAUGUGACAUUUUCUUUUAAUGACUCAUAUAGUGAACCAUAA